CCUAUUCAUCAAUGCAAUACAGCCAGACAAAGCUUCGUGACGCACGAUAGCAACAACUGGCGAAUGGACACCACUCUCAUUGCUUACCUCCAAUCUCACUCUGCCUGCAUCACCGGGUUGGCUGUAUCUCCAGAUCGUGCGUUCUUUGUUUCAUGUUCAGAUGACAUGUCUGUUAAAGUA